CCUUUCCCACCAUUUCCUUAUCUGAAUCAGCUGAUUAUUGUUUUCGUAUUUUCAACGGAACAGACCGUUGCUGAAGUUAUGAUACGCGAUACGUUUUAACGGGUGUCUUUUUUCAAUUUUCUCGUAAACGCGUCGAAACAGACAACGAACCCGACGGGCACCGCAUCGACCAAGAAUUCCACCGACGCGCUUCAUAUUUCGAACAAAAAGAUUGACGUUUCGCGGGCGGGGUGACAUCACUAUCGUUUCCUGGUUGUGUUGUGUCAGUCACUCGCAGAAUGACGCAGUAGAAGGUCGUUUCAGAGAUGGCGAGCUUCCCAGUAUGAAAAUACAGUUUUAUGGCGAGGUAAAAACGUUCAGUUUGGGAAGAAAAAAUGUCUGCAGACUCUCCAAGGCGUGGUGUGCAUAAAGGAGCUCAAGUCGUAACACCUCAACCAAUCGUGGACAGAACAAUAGUAGACAGCGUUGCGGGGAUUAUUAAUGAUAUUGUUCCACAGGCUUACGCUGGCACAUUAAAUUCAGAUAACAAAGAGUCUAUAUCAUGGGCAAGAUUUGAGUAUGCAGACAUUAAUGAUCCUGCCUUAUAUCCAGACUACAAUGAAGGCUCUAAUACACCACCUCUAUUACUGGUGCUUGGUUAUACAACCGGAGUUCAGGUAUGGUUGAUAGCAGCAACGGGAGAAGCAACCGAAGUGUUAUCAUGGCGGCAAGAAGUGGUACGCACUCUGAGAAUUUUACCAAAUCCAAAGAUUGACGAUGACCAUGCCGAUCUGUUUGAUUUGAAACGGCCGAUGGUAGCAGUAUGUGAUUCAGCUGGACCUGGACCACAAUUUUGCAACAUUAGUUUCAUUUCGCUAAAAACUGGGGAACAAGCUAAAAGCAUAAAGUUCAAAAAUCCUGUUUGCGACAUUUUGGCGAAUAAGCGAUCCAUAGUAGUGACAUUCACUGAAAAGAUCGCGGUGUUUGAUGCUCGAACAUUGGAAGAUGUGUUAACAGUCACUACCUGCUACGCCAGUCCAGUUGCAAAUCCAAAUCCUGUCGCAUUAGGGACAAGGUGGCUUGCUUACAGUGAAAAGAAAUUAUUACCAGCGAAAAGAAGCAGCGGUGGUUGCGAGGGGGAGGGAGUUCAAAGUUACACCGCGACUGUUCUUUACGCUGCAAAAUCAUUGGGUAAAGGUUUACGCGGCUUGGGAGAGACCGUUGCGUCGAGUUUGACCGGAAACUCGGUGACGCCCAUGGUCAUCAAUAAUACGAGCAGUGAUGCGACCCAACCAGGCGUGGUUACGAUAUUAGAUCUCCAAGCAGCUAAAGAGGAGAAAGAAUUAGAUGAUGCAAAUAUAGAGACUGUAAUUGCUCAUUUUACUGCCCAUAGUGAUGCAAUCGUUGCCAUGACUUUUGAUUUAAGCGGCGCGUUGCUAAUGACCGCUGACAAACGGGGGCAUGAUUUUCAUGUAUUUAGAAUUCAGCCGCAUCCGGGAGGGCCCGCAUUGGCAGCAGUGCAUCAUUUGUAUAUUUUACAUCGCGGAGAUACCACUGCAAAAGUGCAGGAUAUGGUAUUCUCGAGCGAUACUCGUUGGGCGGCAAUUUCAACUGUACGGGGUACUACUCACGUGUUUCCGGUCGCACCGUACGGUGGACCGGUAGGAGUGCGAACUCAUUCCACACCUCAUGUUGUAAAUAGACUUUCAAGAUUUCAUAGAAGUGCAGGUUUAAUGGACGACAGCACCAGAUCCCAUUCUCCUGUCCCUCAUACAGAGUUGCCUUUGUCAAUAUAUUCGUAUUCUAAUCCAAGACUUCCUCCGUAUCCUCAUCCAACUGUUCUACACCCUUUAGCGCAGAUACGACAACCAUAUUCGUUAAAUUACGUAAACAGUCAAGCUCAACAAAGUAGGCCACAGCAGAGACAACGAUUGCACUCCGACGAUAUCGGAAUCUUACCAUUAAAAAUAUGUGCUUGCUUCGCACCCCCAAGGGCUUGGAUGUAUGCACAAAGAGAAUCCACCGCGAAAGUUGUGAAGAGGGCAGUCGAUUCUCUAUUUAUCAUGGCGUGUCACGGGAAUAUGAUACAAUACGAUCUAGAACCGAAACCAGUUUCAGGCGUACCAAAAGAAAAAGUGUGCGACGACACGAUGCUUGAAUUAGAAGUCGAAGCUAAAGGCCAAUGGCCUCUUUUAAGAUGCCCGAAUUCCUUCGAGAUACUGUCACCUUUGCCAACGUCUAGCCCUUUGCUGAGUGUUGUCACUAUACAUAAAGACAUGCAAGACGUCGAUUCAGCGGAGGAUCGUUGGUUAAGUCAAGUAGAAAUUGUAACACACGCUGGUCCACAUAGACGGCUUUGGAUGGGACCUCAAUUUGUCUUCAAAACGUACAAUGCGACCAGCGGAGCUCCAGUGAAUCUCGUCGAAACUGAGGCUAUUGAAAUCGGAGUUACCGGCGUGUCUCGUCCCGCGAGAUCAAAUCCUGUCAAUAUGCCGCGUGCUGCAUCCAGGGCAUUGGUACCUGUCGUUAUCGAUGGAUCAGGAAGCAGUUACGAGCAGUCCCCAAGAUUCAUGGAAGCUUAUGGUGAUUCCUUAGAUAGCGAAAACACGGGCGUUGGUAACGGCGAGAAUCAGCUGAGAGAAGACCUUGCCGAAGCGAUGCUGGAGACGUCUAUCGCGCCUCACCGUGCCCCAGGGAGGCGAUCGGUAUUUGAGAGGGUGGGUCAACCGGUAACUAAAGUCGUCAACCCUCUUGGCACCGUGAUUACCGUAUCCGCCGACGAGGAGGACGUUAACUCCGGUCAGGAGUUCGAUUCCGCGGAGGAGUGCCACGUACCGGAGCCGCCUAGAAGCGUGUGCGCCGAGGAGGGUCCGGCGUCUCUGGGCGAUUUCGAGCCGGAUAGCCAGACGUUGCGCGACCUCACCGAGAUCUGCGCGGAAAUGCGCUCGGCCAGCGAGCCCGCGAUCGACAGCGUCCCCGACGAGAACAUCUGCGAGGUGAAACAGAAGAAGCUGCUAUGCGUGGAGAUCGCGCCGCUCGCGAACCCGGGCAGCUGUUCCAUCGACUUCGAGAGGGAGGAGGCGUUCCGCGACAUGCCCACCAGCCUGAGCCUGUGCGUGGAGCAGGGCGAGAUACCGAGCAGCCCGAUGACGCAAGCAAAAGAGACCACCUGGGGCAAGAGACUCGACAAACGAGGCGAGAAAUCGCACGAGAAGGCUCUGCCGGAGGCUCAGUACGUGGUGAAUUGCAGCGACGACAGCGUCGUAUUGAUGGAGAACAAGUCUGUACAUGGACGCAGGAACGCUCCGGCGCAUUGCAAGUCGGAGAGCAAGAAAGCUACCGAGCCGGAGAAAGAGAAAUCGAAGAAGUCGGGGAAGAACGGAGCUGGUGGUAACUGUGGAAAGCGAGAGUCCAAGGCCCCGAUGAAGAGGUAUGUGCUGAAGGAACACGAGGACAGUAUCGUAAUCGAGGAUACCAGGGAGGAGUCCAAGAACAAUUGCAAGAAGAAGGUGGAAGAGGCGAAGGGCAAAGUGGAGUCUUCGAAGGAGACAGCGACGAAGUCGAAGAGCAAAUCAAAAUCUUCCGCGAGUCAGGAUAGCAGAUACGCGAAACCAGCGGUCGAGAGCGAUGGUAAAUGUUCCGGGAAGCUGGAGGAUCCGAUCGUGGAGUUAGGAUACGUCGUAGAGGGCGCUGAGAAGACGGAGGAGCCGAAGUUCGCGGACGUUGAGAAAUGCAAGUCACCGCCGUUGGAAUCCACGGAUGAUUUCAGCUCUAUCGAGUAUCACAUGAUCGAGACGCCUUGUUGCAGUAAAGAGGGUACGUCGGUACAGUCCGACGAAGACAUCGAGCAUAUUCAGAGGUCCGAGAUCACUCAGUUGCAACAGGCUGAGUGCAUCGACGUCGAGAAAUGCACCGGUUCUCCCGUUAUGCAAAGAAAGAACAGCAAGAACACGAUAUCCGACGAUGAUCUGGAGUAUAUACACACCUCUGAGUUGGUCGAAACGCCCGACAAGAAGUCCAAAGAGGAUCUGCUGCUGGAAGCUGACAAAGGCAGUGGUUACGACUCCUCUGCUAGCAAACGUACGCUCUCGGACGAUGAUUUGGAACACGUGCAGAUCUCUGACGUCUGCCCCGUGAUUCUGAAAGACGAUUGCGAGAGAAAGUCUCAGGAGGCUCCCACAGGCUCGGAACAGGUGACGAAGUCCAAAGGCAAGAAAACGAAGGACAUCGUGGUGAUCGAGAGCGACUCCUCCGCUGUCGACGUCACCGUGAUCAUCAAGGAGAGCUGGAAGACCAAGAGCGUGGAGAAGAAAGAAGACCUGGAGGAAUGCACCAAAGAAACGGGGAUCGUCGAGACUGUCAGCCCCUUGAAGAAGAUCAAAUCUCGCCAAACGAAGACGUCGCCCUCCAACAUCCCUCCCAAACGAUCCCCAGGCACGAUCGAGAUCAUCGACAUCGACGCGAUGCAGAAGGCUGAGAUGGAAGUGUUGACUGAUACAGUAUCGACUCCCGAGUGUAAGAUUCUGUCUGGACCGGAAGUGAGUGGGACUCGCGCCAAGAAAUCUCGGAAAAAUAAAAAAUCAUACGUAGACAGCAACCCUCAAACCGAUCAUUCGUCCGAAUCCUCGAGAACCGUCGAAGAGCAGAAACCAGCAAACGAGAUCUCUUGGAGCGCCAUCGUCAAGAAGAAGAGCAUCUCCGUGGAGCGAGAAAUCCCAAAAGACGACGAUAAACUCGUCGAGAUCGAGGAAACGAUCGAAUCCACGGACGUUGCUAAGUGUAGCCUGGAGAAGUCGGAUCCAGGGAGGAAGAAGAAUCCAAUCGUCGAAUUGGACCCUAGAGAGGUUCCCGUCGACACGGCUGAAGUGUCCUGGAGCUUGGUCGUGAGACAAACGGACGAUCAGGAGAAGAAGGACGACAUCGAGACGAUCGCGGAGGAACGGAACGAAGAGAGGAAGCUCCGUCGAAAGCACGAGUCCUCGUUUCAGUUCCCGACGAUGAUCGACAAGCUUCGCGAGGCUGUCGCCGAGUUGGACACCGGAGAGCUCGCGGCUCGCGCAGUGGACGUUUCGUGGAGCUCCAUCGUGAGGAAGAAGAACUCCGGCGAACAGGAAUCUAAGAAAGAGUCCGAUUUCGAGUCGAUCGCGGAGGAGUCUGACGAUAAGAGAACUGAGAAACACGAGUCCUCGUUCCAAUCGACGAUGAUCGACGAGCUGGAGGCUGCUGUCACGGACAUGGACGCGAGAGAGUUCGUCAUCCAGCCGCCCGAGCUCGAGGAACAGCCGAGUCUGACCGUGUUACCGGUGAUGGUGGACCCGGAGGAACUGGAGACGGAGUUUCUCGGCGAUCGAGAGUGGUCUUGGAGCUCGAUCGUCAAGAAAAGCACCCCUGCGGAACUCGAGGGAAAGGAACCGUUGCAAGUGGAAGAGCCAGCCGUGUCGGGUGUCAAGAUCACGGAGGAUCCGGAAGGUGAAUUCGCCGAGGGGGAUUCCAGCUUUAAAAGCUGCGCGAAACGCUCGAGCGACGAGAAAGAAUCCGACGACGACGGCUUGUCAAAGAUCGAACAGCUCCCCGUGGAUCUAGGGUUCCUGAAGGAGGACUCGUCGGAGCCUGAAAGGGACCCCGGGAAGAGGAGCGACUCCGAGCACGAGGUCGUGCCCGAACGUUCGAGUUCCUCGGACGAGUUGAACGCUAACGCGGCGUACGCGGACGCGGAUGGGGAUUACUCGGUGCAGGCGGCGAUCGAUAGGAACGCCGCCGUUGGCGCGACCGCCUCGGUCUGCGCCACCUCCAAGAAAGGCAACAGAUCGAAGAAAAAGAAACGCAGAUGAGUAGAGGAUUGCAUGGAUGUGCCCGGGGCCAGCCUUGCCCUUUACAUUCUCCUGAUGCAAGUAGCGGGAGCCGAUUAGCGAGAACGCGGACCGAGAAUCUCCGCGUUCUCGAUCCCCCCGACCUCUCUGUUCCGGUCGUUUUUAAACGUAAGAUGUAUCUUAGAAACAUAUACGAACAUUUUGCGAGCGUCCUCCGAAUAUUUUCUAAAACUACAUUCGAUGGAUCAACCGUGAAACGUUGCGACAUUGCCUUCUUCUCGUCCUCGACUAAUUUCAAUCGUUAGUCUAAGUACCAAACUAUUUUAAUUUGUAAUUUGUAAUUUUGCUCCAAUCAGUGUUCGACGCUCUAGUAUGGAAUAAACCUUCGUGAAUGGGGCAAUGUCGCCGCGUUUUACCGCAUCGUGAAAAAUGAAGGAGACUGUUGCAGUAUUAUUACACGUUAGAAAACGACGAUUCGAAAAGAUACCGCACAAGACGCUCGGACGAAAAUGUUCUAAGAUAUUCUAAGGGCAAGGCUGCACCCUCGGACGUGCGUCCGUCGACGUUCGAUCGAACGCAAAAAAAAAAAAACAUGAUUAAAAUGGAACAAAAAAAAGAAAAAAGAAUUGUCACGUAGAAUUUUUUCGAGACGAAACUUCUAUAUAAUAAAAAGAAAAACUCCGUCUGUGGUUCGAGGAAUUUAUCAUAGCGAUUUCUGUUUCGACUGCCUUACAUCGUCGAGUAAAUCGAGUCUACUGUUAUCCGUGCGGUGCGUACGAAAAGUGUUUUAGCUUUACCGUUACCGGUCGACGAAUCCGAUAACGAACGCGAUCGUUUAUACGACACUGACAAUUGGCGAUUCAAACCUUAUUCGACUGCUUUUCGUUUCUACUAGAAUACGGUGGCGAGCAGGGAUGGGCAGAAAUGUGUCUCAACGAGUGUAGCGAAUCACGAACACCUUGCUGAUUUAUAUUCUGUUUGUAAUCGAGCGCUUAAAAGUAUUUGCACGUUCGCGUUUGGUGGCUGUGCAGCUGUAGAAUACCUUUGUUUGUCUUCGUUGUCGAAUACAGAAUACACAGGUGUUAUGCAACUAUCUGCGAGGCUUAUGGCUUUUGAUAAGCGAUAUUUGUAGAUAUUUUUAGAAGGGAAAGCAUCUUUAGAAAUUAUUUAUACACGUACGUUGAAAUCAAGAUAGAAAUCAGUUUCUAAAUAAUUGUGUACAUUCAUUUUAAUUUAUUUGUAUACAAAAUUUGAAGGGGGUACAUACAUUGAAAUCAAGAUUUAAAUCAAUUUCUAAAUAAUUGUGUACAUUCAUUUAAAUUUAUUUGUAUACAAAAUUUGAAGCACAUACGUUGAUAUCAAGAUAGAAAUCAGUUUUUAAAUAAUUGUGUACACUCAUUUUAAUUUAUUUAUUUGUACAUAAAAUUUGAGGAGGAUACAUUAGUAUCAUAUAGACUGUUCGGACACCCUUGGAAAAAAUUUUAAUGGGAGAUUCUAGAGGCCAAAAUAAGACGAAAAUGAAAGAUACUAAUUUGUUGAUUGAGGCUUUGUUAAAAAGUUAUUUAUGUUUAAAG